GAACUAAAUGAUCUGCAGCGAGACCCACCACCCCACUGUUCCGCUGGACCUGUUGGUGACGACUUAUUUCAUUGGCAAGCAACAAUUAUGGGACCUCCUGAUAGUCCUUAUCAAGGAGGAGUGUUUUUUCUCACAAUACACUUUCCAACAGACUAUCCAUUUGCACCACCACAGGUUACUUUUACAACAAAAAUUUACCACCCAAAUAUAAACCAUAAUGGGAGGAUAUGCCUCGACAUCUUGAGAUCUCAGUGGUCACCAGCUCUGACUGUAUCUAAAGUUUUACUGUCCAUAUGCUCCUUACUUCAUGAUCCUUAUGCAGAUCAUCCGUUAGAACCGGGUGUUGCAGACGUCUACAAGUCAGACAAGGAAGAAUACUACAGAAUAGCAAGAGAAUGGACUAAGAGAUACGCAAUGUAA